GGUAGAUCUCCGCGCCGUGGUUCACAACCCGAGAUGAAGGAAGUUCUCUUCUGUGUUGCGCGCCUCCUUGCGCUCUUGUCCCUGUUGGCCGCCAGGCUCGCGCAUGGAGGCAGACCGCCGCUCGCUUACCUGGAGGACUGCGACGACAACACUUGCUUCCUCCUGUUCCCCGGGGCGCACGACUUCGCGGACGCUCGGGACGCCUGCCGUGCGGAGGGCGGCAUUCUCGCGACACUGCCGUCGGCGGCGGAGGCGCGCAGGGUCCAGGAGUUACUGCUGCGCGCGGGCAUCGGGAGGUUCUGGAUCGGCCUGACCCUCGCGGAAGGCCGGUGUCCCACCAACGACUCGGCAAAUUACGGCUACGAGUGGGUGACCGAGGCCGCCGCUGGAAUCUCCUCAAACUGGCCGGGGGUCCCGGACAGAUGUGACCGCAAGUGCGUGUCCGUGUCGACGGACGGCGCGUGGCAGCAGGAGUCGUGCGAGGGGACUCUGGACGGGUUCCUGUGCUCCGCGCCGUUCGGCUGGUGUCGCGUCGCGGACCGGCCGGCCGAACCGGGAGAGCACUCCGCGUUAAACGGUUCAACGCACGCGCAGAGGACCCCAGGUGGAACCCUGUGGACAACCCGAGGGGAGAAGGGCUCGCGCUACAUCGACUCCAAAUGGCUGUGCGGGCACGGCAAGUGGUGGCGCGCGCCGUGGUUCUGCGAGGUGGAGACUGGCGGCUGCUCCCACACCUGCGUGAACAGCAUCUGCACGUGCCCCGACGGACUGAAGCUGCACGCAAACAACGUCACGUGCGUCGACGAGCGCGAAUGCUCCGACACCGCGGACUGCACGGGGGAGCACGUGCAGUGCCGGGAGCGGCUGGACGGGGGCGGGUCCGACUGCUCGUGCAUGGACGGGUUCGUGGUGUCCCAGGAGAACGCCACCCGCUGCGACCCCCACUGCGACAGGCCCGAUUGCCCCGCCCACUGCGUGAUGGACGCCAAGGGGCGGUCCCAGUGUCGCUGCCCGAUGGGCUAUGUCGUCGACGACGAGCAAAGCGCUCCCCCGCUGUGCGUCCGGUUAGACUAUGACUACGCCAAACCCACCGACCCCACCCCGGGCACCAGCGAAGGGGCAGGGCCCAGCGCCCCCCCGCUGGUGCCCGGGGUGGGGUCCCCCCCCCCGGCCACAGGGGUCCCGGGCUACGUGCGUGUGGGCGCAGCGCUGAGCAUCACGGUGUUGGCGGUGCUGUACCUGCUGCUGUUCGACGUGCUGCUGCGCGCUGGAGCUGAGCUCCGACGGCGGCGGGCUCACCCUGCAGCAGGUCACCACCGAGAAGUACCAGCACUUCUCCUUCGACAAGUAGAGCCGCGAGACCCCGGGGUGGUGACUCCCCGGGGGCCGCCCACCCCCCACCGAGGACCCGCUCUACGGACCGAUCAGGGACCGGUUCUGGUGUCGGUGGAGUCAGGACCAGACUGGGACCCUUAACUCACCGACACCCCCCUCCACAGAGGGCUCAGAGGCAGAGCGGGGGCUGGAGAGCGGAGCCUCCCUGGAGGGUGAGGGCCCCUCACCUGUAGAGGGUGAGGCCCCCUCACCUGUAGAGGGUGAGGCCCCCUGAUCGAUGAGGGCCCCUGACCACUUCCUGGAUCUGAACUCACUGUCAGUCACCUCGAUAUUAACUUUGGAUAAAUUAAUUGAAACGUGAAAAAAAACCCUCAACGUUGCCACUGUAAUGACAUUGGCAAGAACCACCUGACGUCACCAUGGCAACACCCAGCUGACGUUGCCAUCGAAACACCCACCUGACAACACCACGGCAACACCGACCUGACGUCACCACUGCAACACCCACCUGACGUCGCCACAGCAACACCCAAUGACGUCAACACAGCACACGCACCUGACGUCACCAAGGCAACACCCACCUGAAGUUGCCACGGCCACACCCAACUGACGUCGCCAUGGCAACACAGUCAAAUUGAAUUUAAUCAUAUUCUUGAUUAUUACCUUUUUAUAUAUACGUUUUUAUUUAUAUUUUAUUUUAGAAUCUGUGCUGCUGUUACAACGUAAUUUCCCUUUGGAGAUUAAUAAACUAUCUAUUCUCUC